AUGAUGCACAUGACCUUCUACUGGAGCACAAAAGCAACUCUCCUGUUCGAUUCAUGGAAAACCGAUUCAUGGGCGAGUUACAUCCCGAGUCUACUCGCUUGUCUCAUCGUCUCCAUCUUCUACCAGUUGCUCGAGAAUCGCCGUAUUCGCCUGAAGCUGCUGGCCUCCGGAAAGCCGUUUCCGGAUCAGAUCGAGGCGCCUCUUCUACGACGGACGUUCGCCGGAAGUGGAGCUAAGUUAGGCGUGAGAGUCGCCGGAGCGGUUCUGUUCGGGUUGAGCUCGGCGAUCGGGUAUUUCUUGAUGUUGGCUGUUAUGUCGUUUAACGGCGGCGUGUUUAUUGCUAUUGUUGUUGGUCUUGCUGUUGGUUAUUUGUUGUUCAGGAGUGACGGGGAAGAUUCUGUUAUGGUUGAUAGUUCUUGCGCAUGUGCUUGA